AUGCCUACAUCCGUCCAUGAUGAUGAGGAGUCAGUUCGUAUUUCGAACAGAAGGAGUUCGUCGGUAGAAAGGAUAAACACGAGCAGAGGGGACAUGGGCGGAUCCACAAGGCAGGAAAAGGCAUACGCGCAUCGAGCUUACAGUUCGGGACACCAGAUCAACCGUGCUGAAACAAAGGUACGACCGCCCAUGGUGACGAAUGCAAUCAUAUUUUCAGAUGAAGAUUCACAGACGUUCGACAACCCUCAUUCGGAUGCGAUCGUGAUAACGACCCCGAUUAUGUACAUUCCAAUCCACAGGAUCUUGGUGGACACGGGCGCCUAUUCGAGCGUCCUGUACUGGAGCGCAUUCCUAAAGAUGGGCAUCGACCGGAAUGACUUAGACACGUGCAGCGACCGGAUUACAGGCUUCGAUGGGAAAACGACCGUCCCAGAAUGGAGAAUCACUCUGUCGAUUGAGGUACGAGGAACCAGUCCGACGGGGCGAACCAUACUAGAAACGUUCAAGGUGGUGAAGAUGAACAACGAGUAUAACGCCAUCCUGGGACGGACAGCGUUGUAA